UUUCUUAAUUUGUGUUUAUAAGUCAUGUGACUUCAAAAUAGAUCAAGUACUUUUCUGGCUUUGAAAUUUGUACAGAUUUCUGUCAUAGUCUGUAAAAAAAAAAAAAACACUAGAAGGGAAUAACCACGACAAUGGGGGACAAAUCUACAGUCAAUUCAUGAGUUUGAAAUUUGUAUAGAUCUCUUCAUAUCAUGUACUUUAAGACAACAAUUAGUAUUGAGGAUCGUGAGCACAUGAACACGUGACCUCAAAGACAACGCAUCUCUAAUGCCGUGUCAUAAACCAAUUGGUCCCAAUAACUCGAUUUUUUGGAAGAGGUUCAUGUUUGUACUUAAAACUUGGUGAAAGUUGUGGUAUCCAUAUAUAUAUAUAUAUAUAUGGUGGCUACUUCGGUGCACUCACUUUUUUGGGUGCAUUCAGUGCACCCACCUCUAAAAGUAGUCAUAAUACAUCAAAUUUUGAAAUUUAAUGGGUAGCAUUAGUCUCAUAUGAUGAUAUAACACAAAAUCACAACUAAUCAACCCAUUACCCUAACCUAUUAACAUUCAAUUUUGAAUCUAAACAUAAAAUCCCAAAUUGUAAACCCUAACCCUAAAGUCCUAAACCCUAAAUCAUUCAAAUUAAAGUGAAUCUUGAAUGAUUUUUGUACAAAUUCAUGUGGUUCUUGUUCAUCAUACUACAAAGGAUGAUUGACAUUGUUUUCACAUGAAUCGUCUGCUCAGAAUGACGAUUAUGAGGCGGGUGCAUUGAAUGCACCCAAAAAAGUGAGUGCACCGAAGACAUAACUAUAACUAUAUAUAUAUACCAAACACAAGAAUUGAAAAUCAAAAUCGAAAUAGAAGUAGUGGAAUUGUAUUUCCAUUUAUUAUAAUUGAUUUCAACUAUUAGUUUAUGACGUAGGAUUAUCUCUCUAUUAUUAUUAUUAUUAAUGUCGCUUAUAGCUUACAUUAAUUUUAAAUCAAUCAGGGCGAUAAUGGUGCUGAUAUGGUUGAUUAAUUAGGAAAAUGAGGCAUGGAGAUUUUCAAGCUAGCAAACCAGAUCUAUUAGCUAUGACGACAUUGACGAGUGCCCGGACGAUGACCCCAGAAUAAAGCCAAGGAGCAAUGAUGUUUAAAAACCUUAUAUUGUUACCACAUCAAGCCAUCAAUGCAUAUUAGGAGUAUCAAAAGAGAGAGAGAGAGAGAGAGAGAGAGAGAGAGAGAGAGAGAGAGAGAGAGAGAGAGAGAGAGAGAGAGAGAGAGAGAGAGAUUGAGAAGGUCGUCGAUGGUGCCGAUAAUGGAACUGCAGCAUCUAAUCAUCUCUUUCUUCAACACCUUCCUCGUCAUCGUCUUCCUAACCAUAUUCCUCAUCGCUGCACUCAAAAGUCUGAAAAGGUCAAAGAAGUCAUCAUCGCCGUUGUCGUCCGUCCCAUUACCUCCAGGCCCAUGGAAGCUGCCCAUAAUAGGAAAUCUGCACCAGAUGGUUGGGCCCCAGCAGCCGCACCGCCGGCUAAUGAACCUGGCAAAGAAACACGGCCCAAUAAUGCACCUUCAGCUCGGGGAAACCUCCAACGUCUUCGUCUCUUCCCCCGAGCUCGCCAAGGAGUUCCUCAAAACCCACGACCUCAACUUCGCCUCCAGGCCCAUCUUCCCCAUCGCCGGGAUCCUUUCCUACGCCGGCCGGAGCAUUUCGUUCGCGCCCCACGGUGAGUACUGGCGCCAGAUGAGGAAGGUUUGCGCUCUCGGGCUGCUGAAUCCCAAACGAGUUGCCUUUUUCCGGCCAGUCAUGGAGGACGAGAUCGGCAAGUUGGUCGCCUCCAUACAGCUGCAGCAGCAGGUUGCUACAAACGUUAGCCGAAUGCUCAUCUCGCUGGGGAACGCUGUCGUUUCAAGGGCAGCUUUUGGGAAGCUGCAAAAGCAAGAGGAAGCCUUCUUACCCGUCUUCAUGGAGAUGGCAGAGGCGUAUGGAGGAUUUGAUGUGGGGAGCAUAUUUCCGUCCAGCAAGUUACUCCGCCGACUCACCGGAGCCGAGAGACGGGCACAGAGGAUUCACAAUGAAGCAGAUGCCAUCCUCCAAGCUAUAGUCGAUGAGCAUAUAGCAAGGAUAGAAGCUCAAGGUCAUGAUGUUGAUGAGGCAGCUGAAGAUCUUGUUGACGUGCUUUUGAAGUACAAAGAGAAUCAAGGACUUGGGUUCCCUUUCACUAAUGUCGAGAUUAAGGCGGUCAUCUCGGACAUCACUCUUGGUGGCAGUGAGACAGCAACUACGACCGUGGCAUGGGCUAUGUCCGAACUGAUGAGGCAUCCACAUAUCUUGGAAAAAGCAAACAAAGAGGCGAGGCAAGUUUUCGAUGGAAAAGGAACAGUGGACGAGGCAGGACUUGCUGAGUUAAACUAUCUCAAGUCGGUUGUGAAAGAAACUCUGAGACUGCACCCUCCUGCCCCUUUGUUAGCUCCUAGGGAAUGCCAGGAAAGGGUUGUGAUAGCUGGAUACGACAUACCCGAAAAAACAAGGGUCUAUAUCAAUGUGCUCGCAAUCGGCCAAGAUCCUUGUUACUGGGCUGAACCAGAGCAGUUUUCUCCGGAAAGGUUUCUCGAUCGUCUUGAUGCCAGCGAUUACAAGAGAACAUGUUUUGAAUUCAUCCCAUUUGGUGAAGGAAGAAGAAUGUGUCCGGGUAUCCUCUUCGGCUUAAAUUUUACCGAACUUCUGCUUGCUAAUUUGCUCUAUCAUUUUGAUUGGCAACUCCCAAAUGAAACCAACCCUCAAGACCUCGACAUGUCGGAAUGUUUUGGCCUUACCGUGAGAAGGAAAAAUGAUUUGUAUCUCAUUCCGAUUCCCUACCAACCUAAAACCGUGUAGUUGUACUUUAUGCCUUAUGGCCAUUAAAUCAUCUGCACCAAUAACAUGUGCAAUUUCUUGCCCUGAUUAAUUAGGAUGUUCUUCAGCCAAUUAGUUUGUUUGGCUCAUCUGCUUUUGUUUGUUUGGCGGAUUUCUCGAAAAUAUAGAACUUCCUUAUAUAUAAUCUUAUUUUUAAAUAACAAAUUAAUUAAAAUAUUGAAGAAAUAAAUGUGGUUUCACUGUAUUAAUGUCAUCGGAGAUAUCUCACAAGUACCUCAAAAUUAAGGACUUUGCCAUGAUGACUUGCAAGUCACCUUGAUUUGGAGAAAACGAUCUACCUCUUUCACUAAUCGAUCGAGCACUUGUCAAAAUAUCGGUCUACCGCUUCUACCAUGCAGUCUAGCUCUUCUACCAAGUGGUUAUCUUCCAUAAAGGGGAACAACCUCUAUGGGAUGGGUGGCAUCAAAACCCUAGUCCGCACCCCUGGCUCGAUUGGCCACCCCAUACCGGGUUGCUAUUACAGGGUUCAUAUGAAGAUAUCCACAUAUGCCCUCCUUUCAGGCUGUGAAUAUGCGACGACUGGUCAAAAGAAAAUGUACGAUGGCGUAAUGGUGACACCUUCACAUCCGUAAAAAGAAGAUUUGGUAUGCUUAAGGCUUACCAAAUCCGAAGAGUUAGAAUCUUUAGAUUGUUGACAAUCUAUAGAUUUAAACUCAUAUUUUUCAAACGACCCUUUAGUUCCUUCCAUAUCUAAACCACGAAGGAGCUUAUGUGUCAUGACACAAGUAGAGACCACCCAUCCUCGAUCCAUACACAUAUAACAAACAUCCACAACACGAAGCAAUCAUUCAACAUCCAUCUCCUCUAAUCCUUGAUCAAUUGUAUGAUAAGUUGGAUUAAAGUAUGAAUUAUAUCCUGAUGAGAUAAGAUUCCUGAUAACUAGUGUGCUAUUAUUUAGGGUGUUAUUGGUUACUAUAUAUAUUAUCAUCAUAAUACCUGCUACAAAUGAGCCAGCCAUCUUUUGGCACUGCUCCUUGGCUUGAUUGUAAGAUCGUUGUUUAUGGCUGUGUGCACUCGAGUCAUAGUAGAUAUCCUUUGCUUCAAAAUCUUCAUUGGUAGUUUUAUUAACACACCCUCUCAAACGAAAGCCACCAUAUACGGACGUGAAGUUUGCACAAGUCCGGACAGGACACCAUGUGCUCAGUGGCGGAUCCAGGACACGGUAGAGCACUGGGCCGCAUUUCAUUAGAAAAUUAGAUAUUGUAAAAAAAAUCAAUGUUUUUUUUACAUUAUCAAUUGUACACGUCGAUCUAUUAAAAUUUAAUGUAGUGAAUUCAUCAAUAAUGGAGUCUACAUCCAUACCAAUAACAUAUUUUCUUUCAGAUAAAAUAGUUAACCAAUCAACGAAAAAUUCAUCGCUCAUUUUGUUACGCAAUAAUUUUUCACCUAUAUUAUUGUUGAAAAGCUCUCCAUAAUAGUUGUUGAAACGAGCAAUGUCAACACUAGACAAAUCAAUCGAUUAAUCAAUUUGUAUUGUGUGUCAAUCUCUAUUUCCACUACCUACUUUAGUAAUUUUUCAAGGGAACAAGCCUCGUAUUUCUUUUGGUCUUUUACGUUUUAGACUUUUAGAAUAUUAUGUUUCAUUGUUUGUUUUUCUUUAGACGAGAAUCAUUGGAGCUAGAAUUUUCAGGAUAAAUUUAGAAUUGUGAUUUGAAUAUGUUCAUCUGACCCAUUUUUCUAUUUGCACAUAAUUUUAUUAUAAAAUAAUACUGGGCCGAAUGACUAAAAUCGAUAAAAUCAUAAGGACUAUACUAGCUCCGGAUUCAGAGGAGGGCUGGGCCGUGGCCCAGGGUGGCCACUCAUGGAUUCGCCACUGCAUGUGCUUAACAGAAACAUAUGGGGUUAUCGGGAUUCGAACAAAAGAUGACCUCUCGAUCACAGAAAGCUCUGAAACCAUGUCAAGAACCAGUUGAUUCCAAUAACGGAAGUGAGAGAAA